AUGUUGGUUGCGUUAACUAUCUAUGGUCAAUCUAUGUUGGGUGCGCCAAGUAUUGUGAAAGAUGUCCAGAAUAUUUCAAACACGACGAAUUCAACAACAGGAAGAAUUGGACUAUUUGGAACAUUCCUCAUAGCGAGUGGCCUAUCAACUUUUGUUAAUUUAGCCAAUUCUGGUUGCUUGGCUGGCGACGGUUUGGUUUAUGAAAGCAAAUCUGGUCUUUAUAAACGUAUAUAUCAGUUGAAAUCAGGAGAUAUUGUUCGGACAAUGUAUGGCGAGUCCGAAGUUAUUAUGAUUUCUGACAACUCAAACGAAGAAUAUAAUUUGUUUACAACCAUCGAGACGGAAACCGGACACACCAUUAGUUUAACACCACAUCAUCUGAUUCCCAUUUUCGAAAAUGGCAUUCUAACCUUUGUUCACGCUGAUCGAGUUGAUUUGAAUGAUUUCGUUUACUUAAGUGAUGGCCUAAUCUCCUUAAAGAUGAAAGUCAAAGCAAUUAAACAUGAAAUCAAGGUCGGCUACUAUUCACCGAUUACUGCUGAUGGUACAAUACUUGUCAAUAACAUUGUUGCAUCAGUCUAUGCACGUAUCAAUAAUCAUCACAUAGCUCAUUUUAGUAAUGCCCCAAUGAGAUGGUAUUAUCGGAUUAUGAAAUAUUUCGACAUUGAUGAACCAUUUCAUACAAGCGCAAAUGGGCAGAAGCACUGGAUGCAUACUCUGUUAAUUCAGCUAGGAAAAGCAUUUACACCACAGCUCUUUAUUUAA